AUGCAAGCAGCUACUCGUUACACCCUUCGCAGGUCUUUGGGAAAGCGAUUACUAGCGACUCCUUCGACACCAUCAACCUCCAAGACAGCUGGUUUUAACGAAGCAUUGGCCAAGGGUCCGACUCUAGAUGAUUUCAUAUCUGGCGACCGUGUAGUUUUAGGGAAACCUCGAGGCCCACGUCUACCUUCAUAUCUCAAAACUUCAAUACCCUCCGGCCAGUCGUUCAAUAAAAUCAAGAAGGACCUACGUGGAUUAGGUCUGCAUACCGUCUGCGAAGAGGCACGAUGUCCUAAUAUUGGAGACUGUUGGGGUGGAAAGGAGGGCCUUUCCGAGGCUGAAGGAAAACGGGGAGCGACAGCGACCAUCAUGUUAAUGGGCGACACCUGCACUCGUGGCUGUCGCUUCUGCUCUGUCAAAACAUCAAGGACACCACCACCAUUAGAUCCUCACGAACCUGAAAAUACUGCAGAGGCGAUCAGUCGCUGGGGCUUAGGAUACAUCGUUCUAACUAGUGUCGACCGAGACGACCUGCUGGACGGUGGCGCACAUCAUUUCGCAGAAACUAUCCGCAAAAUUAAGCAAAAGGCACCCCAUAUUCUUGUCGAGGCCCUCACUGGUGACUUUGCAGGCGAUCUGAAUCAUGUUUCAGUGGUAGCCAAGUCUGGACUGGACGUCUAUGCACACAACAUAGAGACUGUCGAAGACUUGACGCCUUUUGUUCGAGACCGAAGGGCAACGUUCAGGCAGAGUCUCAAAGUGUUAGAGCAGGCCAAACGAGAGGGGGUCAAGGUCACCAAGACCAGUAUCAUGCUCGGUGUGGGUGAGACCCGGGAUCAGGUUUUGGAUGCUCUCAAAGAGCUCAGGAAGGUUGAUGUCGAUGUCGUGACUUUUGGCCAGUAUAUGCGGCCCACCAAGCGACAUAUGAAAGUCGAUCGGUACGUCGAACCCUCCGAGUUCGACCAAUGGAAAGAGAUUGCGGAAAACCUUGGUUUCUUAUAUGUCGCUAGUGGACCCCUUGUUCGAAGUAGUUACAAGGCUGGCGAAUUUUACAUCGAGAAUGUCUUGCGCGGGAAAGCUAGAGAAAGGCAACUAGCAAAACCUCCAUCAGCUUCUCAGACCAAUUCCAGGGAGAUUAAUGAUGCGAGUACAGUAUCGUAGAUCUGCGUACCGCCA